AUGGCUUUAAGUUCAUAUUACUCCAACUGCGAAACCGAUGUUCAGAAUCUUAACUCGGAACCAACUCAUCAAAUUACAAAAGCAGUUCAAGCUGAUGAUCAUCAUGAACAACAACAACAGCAUCUUCAAUAUUACUGUGAUCCACCAUUUGAGCUCCCUUUAACUUUUCUCGAUCCUUGCAUUGACCUAAACAACAAUUUCCUUCACCCUGAAAACUACAGUGCCCCUUUACUCCCUUACGACCCUUUAAUCACCCCAUACGAUUACUUCAGCUCUUAUCCAUGCCCUAAACGCCACAAACUCAUCGAAGAUCAUUGUUUGAUGCCUGGUUUCUUUGAUGGGGUUGCUCUAAAUUCUUGCCCUCAAAGCAUGAAUGGUGUUUAUAACUUGGAAGGAACACACACAGUAGGAAACUGUAAGAAAAUUAGCGAUGAAAAGUGUGUGUCGGUACAAAGCAUUGCGGCGAGAGAGCGGCGGAGGAAGAUAACUAAGAAGACUCAAGAACUUGGGAAGCUUGUACCUGGUGGGACUAAGAUGAACACUGCUGAAAUGCUUCAAGCUGCUUUUAAAUAUGUCAAGUAUUUACAAGCUCAACUUGGAAUCCUUCAACUUAUGAACUCCUUUCCAGAAAAUAAGGAAGGGAAUCGCAAGGACAAGGAAAGCAUGCAAAUUGUAACAUCUUCAAAGGUACAAGAAAAGCUUUACAUAGAAGAAAAGUGUUUGGUUCCAAAGGAUUUUGUUCUGUCUUUGACAACACUCUCAAGGCCUCCACUCUCUGAUGAACUCACUCGCCUUUUGUCUUCUUCACCUUAG